UUUUACAGUUUCCCUCUCUUUUCUUCUUGGGCUCUUCUACUUGCAGCUGCGCUUUGGCUUUUGUAAGCUACUGAGAAGCAUGGCGGGGAAAGAAGCUGACUUGAAGAAGAUUGAACUGAGGGUUUCUGUCAGCUGCUGUGACGGUUGCAAGAGGAAAGUUAAGAAGGCGUUGCAGGGCGUUGAAGGAGUGUUGAAGACAGAAAUCGAUCCUCUGCAGCCCAAAGUAACCGCCUUGGGAAAUGUUGAUCCAAAAAUUUUGAUCAAAAAGCUUCUUAAAGCUGGAAAGCAAGCAGAACUAUGGAGCAAUGGUAAUCAAAAUGCUGCCAAGGAAAAGAAAGAAGUAGUAGACAAGCCCACAUCAGAAGAGAAAAUAAUAUCAAAACCUGAAUGUGAGCAAGCAAAAUCCUCAGACUCAUGUGCCAAAACAACUGAUAAAGAUAAAGCAAGUAAAAUUGGCGGAGAUGGAAACGGAGAUAAAACUACCAAAAAGGAUGAGCAAUACAAAGCAAAGGAAAUCACUGCAAAUUCUUCCACUCCUGAAGUAACUAAGAAUGAAAAUUUCAUUCCAACAAAGCAAGAAAUGACUGGCAUAAUAUAUCCAAACACUUUGAACGAUGCCGGUAAUCUCAGAACUAACAAUCAGUGUUGUUACAUGGUUGAGGCACACCCAAUGGCCAUUCCUUAUUAUGCAAUACCUUCAUACACAACCCAUCCUCUCCCUCCAACAUGUUUUGCUCAGCAAUAUUACUGCCCAGAAAGGCCAGUAUUUCACCCAUCAUUCCUGGCUCCAGCAACACGAGUCGAGGAUUAUUUUAGUGAUGAUAACACCGUAGGAUGCUCAGUGAUGUAGGUUCUGAGGUGGGGAUUCAAUUUCAAAGGUGUAAUAUUUAUUUGUUCUAUUAUUCAUUUUGAAGGUUCUCUUUUGUAACCGUCUUCAUUCUUUUU